AUGCUAGACAGAGCCGUCGUUGAGCGGACAACAACAGGACGGCCCCUCAUCCGAGGGCUCCACUCCCAGCUACACUCCGCUAUCAGUCGACCCCGCGGCUUCUUCCUCGCCCGGCCCAUCGGAAUCGUCUGGACCCUAUAUGCGGCAACAUACGUCACCGCAAAUGCCGCAACCACCGUUGCCGAGAUAUUCCAUGGAGCGGUUGCCGUCAGCACGGCCACCUUCGCCUCCACUUUCCUCGUCAAUGUGCCCCUGGGGGUGUGGAAAGACCUCCGUUUUGCAGAGAUCUUUGGGUCGGGGGCUAUAUCCGAGACGGGCAAGGUAUUCGCAUCACCCCAGCCGCAACGGCGACGUUCCUUGUCAGGGAUGCUGUGA